UCAAAGGUAGACAGGUCCUCCGUUUCUCGCUCUCUUCUCGUUCAGUCUCUCUCUUGUAUUUUCUCGGCCAUUUCUCCAUAAAAAGCCAUGGCCGACACCCCACCUCAGCCAACCGUAUCGGAUCCGCAGCAACAGCAGCAGCCUCCUUCACAAUACUGGUGCUACCACUGCAACAAGCGAGUCUCCGUCGAAACCCUAACAGACAUAACCGACCUGGUCUGCUGCGAAUGCCAGAAUGGCUUCGUCGAGUCUUUAACGGCCGCCUCCGCCCCUACAGCGUCGCCUCCAACACCUCCGGCUAACCGUCACGGCGAAGACCCCUCCUUUAGCCUACAAUUUCUUCAGGUCUUACGGUUAAUUGCUCAAUCUUCGCGUGACGAAGAAGCGCCGCCUCCUGCUCCUCCUCCUCAGCCUCAGCCUCCGGAUUCUGCCUCAGAUACUCCGCCCCAAGGCGAUGACUUCCUUCGUAUUGAGCUCGAUGGAUGGGACAACGACGAUGAAGAUGAUGAAGACGAACUUGAAUUCAGCAACAUCGAUGCAGAUCGCUCAGAUGAUGAUGAAAUUGGGGAGGAAGAAGACGAAGAUCCCGAUCGGGAGGAAAAUGAGGGAGAUCGCCGUCGAAGGCGCCGUGAUAUCCUUCGGCUCCGCAUCAGGGAUUUUGCUUCUCGUGCCAUGAUCGGAGAGAACCGGAAUCGGAUCUUGGACUGGUCCGAGAUCCUGAUGGGGUUGGAAGACAACUCGAUCGAAUUGCGAGUGGAAAUACCUGAAUCGGACGGUUAUAUAGGGAAUCCUGAGGAUUAUGUAGAUGCUGCGGGUUACGAGUCGUUGUUGCAGAACCUGGCAGACAGCGAUGGUGGAGUGAGGAGAGGGGCACCACCCGCGGCAAGAUUGGCAGUAUCGGCGUUAGAGACUCUGCAAAUUACGCUGGAGGCGGAGGUUUUGGUGUGCGCGAUCUGUAAGGAAUCCGUGCCAGUUGGUGAAACAGCGAAGAAAUUGCCGUGUGGGCAUGGGUACCAUGAGGACUGCAUUGUGCCAUGGUUAGGGUCGAGGAAUUCUUGCCCUGUCUGCAGAUUUGAGCUGCCGACGGACGAUCCCGAGUAUGAGGAGGAGAGAAAGAAGAGAUCGACGGCCAUUGCCUCUGUUGGACCGUCAGGUUCCGGUAGCAAUAAUAAUGAAUCUGGUUAAUGGAUACGGUAUGUUUGCAAUAUCUCCUGUUCGCUUCCUUUCUCUCUCUCUUCUUCUGCUUUUCCUUUUUUUUCCCCUCUUUUCCAAAGUUUUUUGGUGGACGAAAGGAGAGAGAUCCAGAAACCAUAUGUUUGAUUUUCUUAUUGAUGUAUAAAUAUUUCCACUUCAAAUCUCAAUUCCCCUGUUUGAUAAUAAUUCUUGAAGGAAGGACACACUUUGAAAACA